UUGUAGUGAUUUUGUGCCUUUUUGUGGUGAUUUUUAAUCUUUUUGUGGUGAUUUUGCUUCAUUUUGUGGCCAUUUUGUGUCCUUUUGUGGUGAUUUUGUGUCUUUCUGGUAAUUUCACAUGGUUUUGUGUUGAUUUUGAGUCUUUUUCUGAUAAUUUUGUCUCUAUUUGUGGUAUUUGACGAGCUACUCAACACAUUCAUGGUUCAGAUUGAGCAGCUAAUGCCUGAGACUUGACAUUUCCACAGUUUUAUCAGAGAUCCUGCUGAGGAGGAGACGUCUGAGGAGUUUUCUGCUCAACAGCUUCUCUCAGCGGUCCUGAAGCUCCACGGAAACAGAACAAAAACAGGCCAUGGAGCAGGACAAGCCGUGGGCGCUGAUCUCAGAAGUCGGAGGGGACUGUGGUCUCCUGGAGGAUCAUCUGGACAUCGUGAAGCGUCACUUCCAGGUGGUCUGCUACCAGGACUUCCUGCAGAACCCGGAGCUCCACGGCCCUCAGGUCCAGGCCCUGCUGAUGUGGAGGUACUACCCUGAAGCCCAGCCGGCUCUGCUGAGGAUGCUGCCCUCCCUGAAGGUGGUGUCCAGCGGAGGAACCGGCGUCGACCACCUGGACGUCUCCUUCAUCAACGGCCUCGGCGUCAAGGUCUCCAACACGCCGGGCGUGGUGUCUCGGGCCACCGCUGAUCUGGCCAUGGGACUGCUGCUGGCGUCGGCCCGGAGGAUCCUGGAGGGUCAUCUGGUCGCCAGAGACCCCGAGACGAGGCGCAUCCCUCUGAACCUGGUGGGAACCGACGUCUCCGGGGCCACGCUGGGCAUCGUGGGGAUGGGAGACACCGGCUUCAACAUCGCCCAGAGAGGACACGGCUUCGAGAUGGACGUCCUCUACCACAACAGGAACAGGAGGAGUUUGGAGGACGAGCAGGCGGUCGGAGCGACGUUCUGCCAGAACCUGGAUGAGCUGCUGAGGAGGUCGGACUUCGUGGUUUUGGCGGUGAGGUUGACCUCGGAGACGACCGGACUGAUCGGAAGCAGAGAGCUGGAGCUGAUGAAGCCGACGGCGACGCUGGUCAACAUCAGCAGAGGCCAGGUGGUGGAUCAGGACGCUCUGGUCCAAGCUCUCCGCUCAGGAACCAUCCGGGCUGCAGCUCUGGACGUGACUCAUCCUGAACCUUUACCCAGGGAUCAUCCUCUGUUCAGCCUCCCCAACGUCCUCAUCACCCCCCAUGUGGGCGCCAACACCCCCAGCACCGGCGGCAGGAUGGUGGAGAUGAUGGUUGAGAGCGCUGUGGCAGCGAUCAGAGGUUUACCGGUUCCCAACGAAGUCAAACCCAACUGAUCAGCUCACAGCCUCACCGGGCAGGUCUUAGAGAGGAUAUGAAGACAAGAAAACAAGUUAGAAUGUAUUUAAAGAGUUUGAUCAAGCCUCUGACUGCAGAUUAUUACUGAAAUCUAGUAGAAUUAAACACUAAAAAGAAUGAUUUCAUGACCUCAUACACACUGACUGCAAAACCUAUGGUUUAUGGUUAAAACCUCAGUUUCUGGUUGAGAACUUGGUGAUAUUUCGUCUAAAACCUCGUUAAUCCAGAUAAAAUGUGGCUCCAGCAUCAGCGUGGAGCGUUAUUCUGCUGAUUUAUUCAGCUGUGCAGUGAAAGAUGGAAUAUUGAUCGUUGUCUUACUGCUCUGGAAGGAGAAAUAUGUGCAACGUUUCAUAUAAAACACCAUAAAUAUGGAUUUAUACAGGCUUCAAACAGUCAUGUACAUUAGUGUAAAACCAUGCUGACUGCUGUAACAUGCAUGUGGAAAUAUAAUAUGUUGUAAGGGUGGAAGAUGUCUGCUGUCAUUUUAAUAGAAAACAUACAAGACACAUGAUACAUUCCA